AGCAGGACUAACAUCUUCAUUUUAUAUUUGAUAAAGUCUUCACCAUGACAAAUCAGCAUGUUAUAGUGAUGUUAGGUGUAUUUUUUAGAUUAACUGAUGGAGGAAUAUACUAUUAUCACAAUACGUCGACCAGCCAUUAUGACGUCUCCCAACUAGGUAUAGAUCUCAACACAACAUCAAGCCUCAGACUGGAAAUUAAAGCCUGUUACGACCAACUUCUGCGAUUACUGGACGGACCUGUUACUGAUUCGGGAUCGUAUUUUUUAGAAAUUGUUUUUUCGGGAAAGUAUGUGGGAAUACGAGACCGAUGUGAGGGUUGUCAAGUUACCCAAGUAAAAUAUCUGAAGACUUUUGAUUGUAAUAAUUCGAAGAGGUUUUGGAUAUCGUGGAAUGGAACAGGACAUUUAAUGGUUGGUACCGACUAUCUCAUAGAUAGUGGUGCUAUUCUCAGUUACCAGUCAGCUACAACUUUCAGUAUAUCUGUCAUUACAUUAAGAUCAUACUAUCAACCCGGAUAUUGGACGAUAUUAAAAGAUGACCCACCAGUUGUGUAUUACCCAUCAAUGGACGGCUCUACUGUUCUUGUAUUUAACGAGAGCCUUGUACCACCCACGGAAAUAUUACAGACAUCUGUAGAUGAUCCAGAAAAUGAUACUAUCGUUAUACGGUUAGAUUCCAGAAACAUCAAUUUCCAGGUUGUUAAUUUCACAAUGCUGCUCAUUCAACCGCUAGAUUACGAAACGGAGGAAAGGCAUAACGUAACGAUGAUUUUUUCAGACGGUUUAAAUGAAGUCAAUGUUACUGUGAUAGUUGAUGUUACUGAUGUUGUUGAUGAACCACCAGCUAUAGCAAUAGGAAGUGACUUGGUGAUACAAGAAGAACUACCGACAACAACAGUCAUCGUUGGGUUAUUCAAUGUUUCAGAUGCCGAUAGGAAUGACACUCUAACUUAUAUUCUAACAGGACAGGAUGCUUCCUACCUUUCUAUAGAUUCUAUUAGCGGAACCUUGACGUUAGCUAAAACUGUUGACAGAGAUGGGGCUGGAGGUAAAGACCAACUAGGUCCGCUACUACUGCGAGUGAUUGAUUCUGUUGGACUGAUGGACGAGAAGAACUUCACUCUAACAGUGUUAGAUAUCAAUGAUAAUUCACCUACGUGUGAUCCAGACAUACUAAAUAUUACAGUGUUUGAAAAUGGGACUAAAGGUAUUCGUCUGUUGACAAUGAACUGUUCGGACCCAGAUGACUCGAUGAACACAAACCUAACCUAUGUCAUACAAGAUUCAGGACAUCUUAACAAUAUGGUAUAUUUUAGUGAUGCAGACCUUUUAAUUGAUUCAAACUUACUAGAUCUCGAGACUCUAAAAGAGGACGAGUUUGAACUUACUCUGUUUGUGAGGGAUACCUACAAUCAGUCAAUGACUAAUACAGCAACAGCACAAGUUCAUAUAAAGGUACUCGGGGUCAAUGAAAACGCCCCAGUAUUUAAUGGUUCAAGUGGAAACGUACUUGCUGAUAUUCAUAUUUGGAGUAGUACAGAGGUAGAAACUAUCAUAGUAACUGUAUUAGCCACAGAUGAAGAUUGGGGAAACGAUGGAAUAGUAUUGUAUAAUAUAACCAAUAUAACCUCAAGCGAUAACAACAGCGCUUCAUCGAAUUCCUCUCCAUUUAAAAUCAAUUAUUUCAAUGGUGACAUAUCACUUUCCACCGAAGUGAAUUCAGUUGAUAAAAAUACAACAUGGUAUUCGUUAGAAAUAACGGCCGCAGAUUCCGGAAUCCAGAGCAGAAGUCAGAUGACGUCGUUAAUGAUUUACAUACAUGACGUCAACCAAUAUAAACCAAUGAUUGACAAAGACAUUUACCACUUGACGAUAAUUUGCAACCAAACUAUUGGUUCGUUUUUGACUGUCGUCAAUAAUUCUAAUUUUGAGGAGAAUGUUAAAAGCGAGUUCAAACUUCUUCAAAACGAAAAUGAAGGAUUCUUGAUAAUUGAUGCCACAAAUGGAAGCAUAUAUUUAAAAUCUUUGCCGAAAUCCAAACAAACUUUUAGAACUGUAGCUGAAGUUACUGUGUAUAAUACACACGCACCAAAACAGUUUUCAACGGCACUUGUGAUAUCAAAAUUUGAUUCCUGUUUGGACAGAAUAACUUCAGAUCCAAAUUCAGAAGAUGAUUCGGCCACGAUUUCUUACUCCUACUCUAUAGAUGAUUUUGUAGAUGAUUUAAAAGAACAUGGUGUACAGGCAGUAUGUGGUGUGGAAACUUUGAUAUUAAUUUGUAUUGGGAUAACCUAUGUGGUCAAAACCAAGUCUUGUAGGAAACAAGAAGUCCAUCCCUUACAGGACACAAAUGUCCAAACUUCAGGAAAUAUUUCUAAAGGAACAAUUAGUGACGGAACUCUAGCCAGUAAUAAGUCAAUAUCUAAUACUUCUACUACAACCACACGUUGUUCUUCGAUUGAAUCACUGCGACUUAUUUGAAACAAGACCGUGGCACAAUGUCAACCUUGCCGGUGGAUUCGACCUUCAUUAGCCCAACACAACUUUCUGGCAGUCAUAUGGUGAACGAACAACACAUUUUUGGAACAUCCAUCAUAGUUUUAGUAGU